AUGGACCAGGUCAUCCACAAGGCCCAGGCCCUGAAGAUGGACAAGCCCUUGCGCAACCUGCAAGACCUGUUCUACGACUCCCAGCCUGAGGAGCUGCCCUGGAUCCGCACGGAGUGCGUGAUCGACACUGUCCAGGCAGCGGCCUACCUUGCCCAAGCCGUGGUCUUCCUUUACAAGGCCAUUGACUACGACGGCCUGGAGUGCCCCAACAACUCGCCGGUGGGAUGUGCUGCCAGCGUUGCCGGUUUCAUUACCUCCAUCACCUGGAUUGCCUCGUACCUGUCCUUCGCAGCGAACGCCUGCGGCCAGGCCGUCAACAAUGGUGCGCUCUGCGCAGGUGACUUCACCGCCCUGAUGGCCAACUUCGGCGAGAUCGCCACCGUGGGCGCUGCAGCAAGAGCGGACUGCGACUUCGGUAAGAACGCCCUCCAGAUCCUCACGAGGACAGAGACCGUCUCUCCUCCGUGGAAGGAGUUCGUGCCUGCCGGGGCAUCGCCAGCCGUGGACAAGGCCUUGAAGGUCAAGGGGCACAAGGACCAGCAGCGCAACCGCGACUACGACAUCGUCCAGUGCGCUGCGGAUGUCACCAACUCCGUCUCCUACAUCGUGCGAGCGAUCCUUCAGAUCCGCGCCGCGGGAAGCGCCUGCCCCGACCCCAAGUCAUGCGCUGUCGGCAUCAUGAACAUCAUCUCCUCUUUCGCAUGGAUCUCACAGUUCACUGCACUGGCCGUCUCCGACUGCCAGGUGGCGGCUGACCAGAAGGCCCUCUGCACCGCCGACAUCUCCGACAUGGUGGCCGCGCUGACCAACGGACCCGCCGCCGGCAUCGCCUCGACCUCGGACUGCGCCGACCUCUAA